AAAAGAGAAGCCUCCGCGAGGCCCCAACGCUGUGGUCGCAAUGCUGUGCCGUCUCCUCUCCCUGCUGCUCCUGGCCGCCCUUCUCGCCGCCGCGGCUGGGCACGGGGAUUCCUCCGCGUCCUCAUGCCCCUUCCACGGCGGCCACGACGAGGAGCCCCACGAACACCAUGACCACGGGCACAGCUGCGGGGGCGCCCUCGAUGAUUCCAAUCACGAGCAUCACCACCACCACAGCCACCAUCACCGCGACGAGAUCCAGCGGCUGCUUCCCGAGGAACUGGCCGAGGAGGCGGAUCUCGAGCUCGAGGGCUUCGACCACGACCACCAUCACCACCAUGAUCACCACCACGACCACAUCCACCGCGAUUUCCAGCCAGAGUCGACACCCAUGGGCGUGUGGCUGAGAGCGAUGGGGUGCUCGCUGCUGGUUAGCAUGGCGUCGCUCGUCUGCCUCAUCCUCCUCCCAGUAAUCUUGUUUCAGGGGAAACCGUCGAAGGCCGUUGUGGACGCACUUGCAGUGUUUGGGGCAGGCGCAAUGCUUGGAGAUUCAUUCCUUCAUCAACUGCCUCAUGCUUUUGGUGGAGGGCACUCUCAUUCACACAAUCAUGAGGAUCAUGAUCAUGCUCAUGAGCAGUCACAUGCACACUCCCUGAAAGAUCUUUCUGUUGGCUUGUCUAUUUUAUUUGGUAUUGUAUUGUUCUUUAUUGUCGAGAAGAUUGUGAGGUACGUUGAGGACAAUUCUCAAAGGGGGGGUCAUAGCCAUGGGCACCAUCAUCACCAUCAUAAGCGACAAGACAUUAGUGAUAAGGCCAAGUCGGAUCACAUAAAAAGUGAUGAUGAGGGUAAAGACACAGAUCAAGCGCAACAAAAUUCUUUGCAUGAUGGUGCAACUGGAAAAACAAUAGAUGCUGAAAAUGAGCAAGAGUCAAAUGCUACUAAGGAAGCUGUUUUAGGAUCACAGAGAUCAGCUUUGGACGUGGUGCCUGGUGCCACCGACAGAGAGCCUAUCAAUUCUAAAACCGUUCCUGCCCCUGGCAAAGCAUUAUCGAGUGAAGAUCCCUCUGUUUCAAACUCCAACCUCGUGUUUGGCUACCUCAAUCUUUUCUCAGAUGGCGUUCAUAACUUCACUGAUGGGAUGGCUCUUGGAAGUGCUUUUCUGCUACAUGGUUCUGUUGGAGGAUGGUCUAGAACUUUAUUUCUGCUCGCUCAUGAACUUCCUCAAGAGAUUGGGGAUUUUGGGAUUCUGGUUCGCUCAGGAUUCACCGUAUCUAAAGCCCUGUUUUUCAACUUUCUCUCUGCGCUGGUUGCUUUGGGUGGGACAGCACUGGCACUGUCUUUGGGAACGGAUCCAGGACAUUCCUCUUUGAUUGAGGGAUUUACUGCUGGUGGUUUUAUUUACAUUGCUGUUGCCGGAGUCCUCCCACAGAUGCAUGAUCAGAAAACUACGCUAAGCAACUCAAUGUGUCAGUUGAUUUUCCUGACAAUGGGAAUGCUGGUCGCUCUUGGCAUAUCUUUGGUAGAAUGAUUUGGGCAUCAACUUCUCUGUAGCUUUAGCGCUGAGAUGCACUUACAUUAGUCCGGUGAAAUUUUCAACUACAGCCGGGAAUAUGAGUUAUGUGGAUAUUGUGGCUAAAAAAUAUAGCAGAACUUUGUUGGCGACUAAA